CUCAUCCCACUUUGAACCGUUUCCUGUGUUGACGCGCUGAAAGUGUCUCUGCUCCACUUUCACGAGGCUGUUCUGUCAGCGAACGACACACCGGAUGAACCGGAGCUGAGCGUUUUAUGCUUUUACACUAUUUUUGAAACGUAAUUCGUUGCGUUUGUGGGAGAUAAAUGAGUGGAAACAGCGUAGUUAGCUGUGGUUAGCUAAGUGUGGUUAGCUAAGUGUGAUGUCCUCGCCGUGGACGGAGGUCCAGGGACAGGUAGGGGACCUGAGACAGCAGAGCAGACAGGAGCUCCAGGAGCUGCUGCUCCGGCAGGAGAAGAUCCUCUCCAACAGGAGGCUAUUGCAGACACUUCCUGACAAAGGGAAAAAGAUAAAAGAAUUUGCAGAGAAAGUUCGUCUUGCCAUUGAACAGCAUGAUGAAGAGGAGAGGAGACAGAGCCUGGUGUCUGAUGCCAGGGCAGAGUUUCAGUCCAAGUAUCAGCAGGCUUUCACUGCUCAGAAACGUGCCGUCUCCACCGUACCUGCUGCCUCACACCACAACCAGCAAAGUGAAGCCUCUGCUGUGUCAGCUUAUACGAAGGAAACAAACAUUUUGGACAGGCAAAGGGACCAGUCUUUCUCCACACCAGCUGCCAUUAAAACCAUGGAGACGGCUCCUGCUGGGGCCUCUCUGAACUCUGGUUUGACAAAAGAGGGUGCCCUUGUCGAGGCCUUGGAGAGGGUCACUCUGUCUGAAACUGGUUCUGGUUUAAGUAUUGAGCCCAAAGAGCCAUUAAACCGAUUGGACAGUGACAAUUACUUUGCCAGCAAUAAGACACCAAAGAAGCCUCACAUUGUAGCCGUACUGGAAAAAACUGAACAGUCUUCAGCUCCCAGGAAGCAAAAAUUCAAACCAAAUCAGCUCCUCCAGAGAAAUGAUAUCUCUCCAUCAGGAUCCUCGUCACCCAGUCACCCCUCUGAAGCUUCGUCGCCGCUCUCUGCUCAGGCGAGACGGGAGCGUGACCGAAAACACCUGGAUGAUAUCACAGCAGCCAGACUCCCUCCUCUCCACCACAACCCGGCUCAGCUUCUGACUCUGGAGGAGUCCGCCGUCCUACUGAAGGAACAAACCAAGAAGCAGCAGGAGCUGCAGGCCAAGCUGGCAGCCCAGAAACUGUCUGAGGGACUGAAGAUCUCUAUGGGGAGCUACACUCCUGACGGUGGCCCCAUGGCUGCCUACAGAGAAGUUCACGACGAAGGAGCCCAGCUCUCCUCAGACGAGGACUGAUCCUGGAAGGCCAGCUGGGGAAGCCAGUGUGACCUUGGCCCUGAGGAAAAGAGGCUUUGGACCUUGCGAUCAGCACCCAUCAAACAGGAUUUUCCCUCCAAGGGCAAGAAUUGUUCGGAGAGGAAAAGGCUUUUUUUGCGUGGUGUGAAGGAAUAGCUGGUAUCCCAGACCCAGCUCAGGACACUGAAUGGCAGGUUGAGAAACAAGCUUAACUUUAUUGUCGUUCAGUUUGUAUCGGGUUCAGAUGUGUUGGUGUCCUGCUGGAAUAAUAAUAGAACCUUAAAUACUAAAAAUGCAGAAUGUGUCACGAGGGAAGUGUUUUUCUUCAGUGAUCUGAAGCUGAUGGCAUGCUGUACACCGAGCGUUUUUCAGCUUGGUAAUGAUCUGCACUGUUUACAGGUUUUUCUACAAAAAGACACGAACAUGCAAACCUGUUAGUUUUCAGUAUUAACUGAUGUAUAACAGAACUUAAUAAACACAGCUUCUUUC